AUGGCUGUUGCUCAGGAUCUCUGCGCUGAACUGACUUGUCCCAUUUGCCUGGACUAUUUUGAGGACCCCGUCAUCUUGGCCGAAUGUGGGCACAAUUUCUGCCGGUUCUGCCUGACCCAAUACUGUGGAAAAAGAGAGAGAAAAGCUGCCUGUCCCCAGUGCAGAAAAUGUUUUCAAAUGGAGCGCCUUAUUCCAAACCGACAGCUAAGGAACUUGGUGGAGAUUGCUAAGAAAUCGCAAGAGAGAGGGAAGGGAGAAGGGGAUCACCUCUGCAAGAAGCACCAGGAGCCCCUGAAGCUGUUCUGCAAAGAGGAUGAAAUCCUCAUCUGUGUGGUGUGUGACAGAGGCAAGGCCCACAAGGCCCACGAGGUCGUUCCUCUGGAAGAGGCUCCCCACGACUACAAGGAAAAGAUUGCAAGUUAUCUCAUGAGUCUGAAGAAAUUGCAAGAGGAAAUGGGUGCAUUUAACACAGAGACAGAAACAGAAAGCCAGGACCUGCUUUUGCACCAGUUUUUGGAAGAACAAGAGAAGCUCCUGCUCUCUCAGAUGGAAGAGUUGGAAAAGGAGAUUGAAAGCAAAAGGGAGGAGCAUAUGGCCAACCUGUCAGAGGAGCUCUCUGGUCUUGAAAAUAUCAGGGAGACGGAAUUGAAGUGUCUUCAGCCGGCAAGUAAAUUUCUGCAGGAUAUUAAAAGCACACUGCAGAGAUGUGAAGCAAGAAAGGAGUUCAAGAAACCUGAUGUUUGUCCUCUUGAGCUGAAGUGGAAGAUCUGGGACUAUGGAGAUAUACUUCUGUUUCUGGAAGGUGCCAUGAAGCAAGUCAGAGCUUGUGAUUCUCUUUUAUCUUUUCCUCCUCUUCUCUCCUCAUUCCCAACAGCAAAUGUAACUCUGGAUCCAGACACAGCUAAUGACCACCUUAUCCUGUCUGAGGAUCAUAAAAGUGUAACAUAUGGAAACACAUCUCAAAACCUACCGGACAAUCCGAAGAGGUUCAAGAAAACUUAUUCUGUCCUGGGAUGUGAUGGAUUUACAUCAGGCAGACAUUUCUGGGAAAUCUGUGUGGGAGAGGAGGAUGAGUGGCUGGCAGGGGUUGCCAGAAAGUCUAUGGAGAGAAAGGUCAGCAUUGUCUGGGGGCCUGAGGGGGGAAUCUGGGCUAUAGGGAAGUGUAAUGGUGCAUACAGAGUUGCUAACAGUCCUCAUCACUUGACCCUUCCUCUGAACAGUGAGCUCAAAAGAAUCCGAGUGUCUCUGAACUAUGCUGGAGGUCAAGUGGCCUUUUAUGAUGCUGAUACAGGAGCCCAUCUCUAUUCAUUCUCUGGAGCCUCAUUCACAGGAGAGACACUCCUUCCUUUUUUUAAUGUGUACAAAAAAGGCUGUGUGAGCAUUUCUCCUUAAUGUAGGUAAACAAGUUGUCCACAAAUCCUGCAAGAUUACGAAAUGGAUUAAUGCUUUGGAUUUAUCUCCUGUAAAGUGCAGAAGGAGUGCUUUAGUGCAGUGGUUCCCAAACUGUGUUCUGUGGAAUCCUAGGAUGCC